GAGAUGACGGUGGGACUCAUCCUGAGGUAUGUAGCUGCUGUAGAGUGUGGGUUAGAGUGGGGGAGAAGGUCGCAAUUUGCAUUUCACGUGCCACAUGCCCAAGAAUGGUUCGAUUUGGUUCUCAGGGUGAAUAUUUAAUAGCUAAAUUGCAACAGCACGGGUAAUUGCUUGUUUGCUCACGGAAAAUCAUCAGCUAGAGGGGAAUUCUUACGCUCGUUGACUAGAAUGUGUGCAGCGAUACAUAUUUAAUGCAUCGUUGCGAUAUGAUUUUGUUGCUGUCCCGAACAGACAGUCAAUCGUACAAUUCGUGUCAACAAUGUCGCAAGUGGUGUUUGACGAGCGGACGAAAAUUUGGCACGGCUCACCCGUAGCGCCACUGUACAACCCGGCCCAAGGGCUCGGGGAGCUGCUGCACCGUCUGCUGGCGCGCACCCCGACCCGGAUCGCUCAAAUCAGUGCCGAUACGGGCCGUUCGCUCACGUACCAGCAGCUGCACCUUGGCUGCAUCCGGUUCGCCCAAUCGUUGACCGGGAGCUGUGGCCUGGCGCGCGGUGAUCUCGUCACACUGGUCGCCCGCAACGGCGACCAGUUGGCGGCGAUCGUGUUCGGUUGUUUUAUGGCCGCCAUUCCGGUCAAUACGCUCGAUCCUACCUUUCGGGCGGAAGAUUACGAGCACAUGCUGCGUACGGUCCCACCGAAAGCGGUCAUUUGCGAUGGUGAGCUGGUGCCGGUGCUGAAGCAAGCGCUCGAAGCGGUUGCCAUUGCGCCGCAGCUGAUUGUGAUUGGCAAGCGCGUGAAUGGGUACCCGACGGUGGAUGACUUUCUGCUGCCGACCGGGCUGGAGGAGUGUUUCGUUCCCCAACACGUGGAAGACCCUGUCCGCGAGCUUGCCAUCGUACUGUGCUCAUCCGGCACGACCGGCCUCCCCAAGGGUGUCUGCCUUUCGCACGCCAUCUGCAUCGCGCACACCGCCAACCUGUGGCGAGCGACCGACUGCGACCGAGUGCUAUGCUUCAGCUCGCUCUACUGGGUGUCGGGGCUGGGCGUACUGCUCAACGCAACCACCGCCGGGGCGACGCGCAUCAUCACGCGCCAAAGCUUCUCCGCCCGGCUGCUGAUCGAUCUGGUGGAGCAGUACCGCAUCACGACCCUGUUCAUGCCGCCGGUACAAGCGUUGGCGCUGCUCGGGGAGGGCACGAUCGGGAUGGCCGACUUUUCCAGCGUGCGGCUGGUGCUGUGCGGUGGUGGUGCCGUGUCCGGUGAGCUGAAAAGCUCGUUCGAAAAGUAUCUCCCACGGCGGCGGGCAAAGUUUAUCGUCGGCUACGGGCUGUCGGAAAUCGGUGGCGGAUGCUUCGCGACCGCCGGAGCGUACAAAGCGGGUGCGGUCGGGACGCCGAACGCUGGCAUGGAGGCGAAGGUAGUGGAUGAACAGGGCAAUUGCCUGGCGGCCGGGGAGGAAGGUGAACUGUUGGUUAGGGCAAAGUUGGUGUUUCUCGAGUACUACGGGAACGCAUCGGAAACGGCGCAAAUGCUCGACCGGGAGGGUUGGCUUCAUACGGGCGACAUUGCGCGGUACGAUGAGGAGGGGAUGUUUUUUGUGGUCGACCGCCGCAAGGACAUCAUCAAGUACGGUGGGUAUCAGGUCUCACCGAGCGAGCUGGAGGCGAAGAUUAUGGCACUGUUUGCGGGCAGCGUGCUGAUGGUGUGCGUUACCGGGAUUCCAGUGCCGGGGAACGAUCUGCCGGUAGCGCUCGCGGUGCAGCAGCGGGAGGGGACGGUCCUGGAGGGACAGGACAUUGUCGACGGGUUGGCGGAAGUGGUGGCCGAUUUUAAACGGCUUCGUGGGGGAGUGUUUUUUGUCGACGAGUUGCCGAUGACACCGUCCGGGAAGGUUGUGCGUCGUCGGUGCAAGGAGAUGGCGAUAGCACUGUACGAGGAGAGGGAGCAGCAGCGGAAAGAAGGAGGGAGCCCUUAAAAGCCUUGUAUUGAUUAGAUGUUAGCUUUGAGGUCGAUUAUUGAUUUGGGCGUUGGGUAGAUGGUAGAAAUGCACUUGCACACUGUCGAUCGAUUACGAUUAGCAAUAAAUGAUUAAUGUUGUGAAAGCGUAUACUAGUGAUGGGCGGGAACCAUCCAAAUGCGACCCGGAGCGCUCCGGAUAACAAUUUUGGAUUCAGUAGGUUUCCGUAGGUUCAUCAAAGCAUAUGCGACUCCGACCCGUGGGUACAACGAGUUCAAUACGUUCGUACGAGUUCGGUAGGUUCAUAGGAGUUCUCGCUCUUGUUAGCCUUCUCACGAUAGAGCACGUCGGUGUGACAUUGCCCGGUCAACAAUUAUUCUCCAGUAUGCUCGGUCUCUGGCUGAAGCCUUACAUCCAUUCUUCGAUCGGUCUCGCUUCACCUGCUCCAGCCAUCGAGUUCGCUGUGCUCCCCUGCGCCUUAUGCUGAUCGCUGGGGAUCGCUUUCGAACGCUUUCUUGGUGGGGCAUGAGUCCGGCAUGCCCUAGUCAUCGUAUCCUGCCAGCCCUCG